AAUUCCUUAAGUUGAACAUUUAUCAACAACGUUUGAUUAUCACAAUUUAGUUGUAUCCUAUCGUCAUUUGGACUUGGCAAACGAUUAGAACUCUAAUGCCUGUGGAGGCUAGAUCGUUUGGACCCUUGAAUCUGUUCAUAAGACGACUGUGCGGAUUUAUCUUUCUUAUGUUACUUAUGAAAACAAUUGAAAUAUUAUAUUAAGAAUGUCGGAUCAAAGUAAUAAGUAUGAUAUGGACCUUUCAGGUGGCUUAAUGGAGCAAAUUCAGGCCUUGAUUGCUCCUCCUGUGAGUGAUGAAGGUAAGGUGAAGAAGAAAGAAGGCUUGGAUCUUCAUCCUUAUUACAAAAAACCAGGAAAAGGCCACAAUCACGACUCAUGUGAUGCUUGUAAAGAAGGUGGAAAUCUUCUUUGCUGUGAUAAAUGUCCAGCAUCAUUCCAUCUGCUGUGCCAUACUCCACCUAUCCUUGAUGAAACAGAUAUACCCUUAGGCCAGUGGAUAUGCUAUGCUUGUAACAUGAAAGAGAAAAAAGCAAGAAACCGCAACCGUGAGGAACGACCUUCCAGGGCCACGAGGUCCAUAGACGAACCCAGCUGCAGCAAAGAUGAUGCGAAUGAAGUCAACGCGAGAAACCGCAACCGUGAGGAACGGCCUUCCAGGGCCACGAGGUCCAUAGACGAACCCGGCUGCAGCAAAGAUGAUGCGAAUGAAGUCAAUGCCAAUGAAGUCAAUGUAAGAGGGAGAAAAGCCAAGGAAAGGGCCAAUAGAAAACUCACUGAAAAUACCAACCUUUCACCCUCAACCCGAACUAGAGGAUCAAUCGUAAAAGAGAGUCUGGACAAGGUUAUAGAAGUUGGUGAGGAAUUAAACCCUGUAUGUUUUGAACUACCACCUGAAUUGCAGGUCAGACUCGUCAUGCCCGGAGAUGAUAAAAUUCCUGUUCCGGGAAAAGUUGGAGGGAGCAGAAGAAGCUCAGCUUCUCGGAAAAAACCUUAUGAGCUGGACACCUAUGGACUGGUCCCACUACCCGCGAAAGUAUGCUAUUACUGUAAGAAAAGCUGUGCAAAGGGAAUACUCCUAGCGUGUGACUAUUGUCCGCUACUCUAUCAUUUAGACUGUCUCGACCCACCUCUAACUUUCGUGCCAACUGGAAUUUGGAUGUGUCCUAACCAUCCCCAACAUUUAAUUGACGAAGUACUUUGGAAUGGGACAGGAUUUUCAGAAAGAGUCGCACUGUGGGAGAAAUAUGGAAUCAAUCAAGUUGACGAACAUAAAGUGAAGAUUGACUUUUUGAGGAAAGUCCACUCACGAAAAUAUCAUCCGUUCCGUGUCAAAACCAAUAACACCUUGUCCAUUCAGGUUCCAGAAUAUGUAAAGGAGGCCUACAAAAAUCCAAUGCCGAAAGAGUUUUCACCUAGAGAUCUAUUAAGAGCCUCCAUAAUUUAUCAAAGAGAAGUCGAAAACAUGAAAAUUGAAAAAAAGAAAAAGGAGCAUCUUGCCACCCCUGAAGAGCAGGAGUUGGCAAUAAAUAUGGCUAUACAAAUGAACUUGGAUGCCCUUGUCAACCUACGGAAAAAUGAAAAAAGUAAAAAAGCUACAUCAACAAGUAGCAAAGAGACUCUAGAAUCCAGAAAUGGUCUGGAAGAACCAUGCGAGAAAAUGAUCAAUGGAAAUGACAAAACUUACCAGGAGGAUGCUGCUACAACAGAUCAAAAAACUUCUCUUAGACAAAUAAAAGAUCCGGUACUCCUUCUAGACGAACUCACCGCCUUUGUUAACAAUGAACUCAAGACUUAUGGUGAUCAUAAUGGCGAGAUAGAUACAAGCUCAGAGAUAGAUGAGUACAGGUUGGACCAAAUAAACUACGAAAAACUCAACUCCAUCAAAGUUGAGAAAGCAAAGUGUAAAGCUGAUAAAAAGGAUGAAAAUGAAACCACAAAAAGUAAUGCUCAAGAAAGAAGUACCCCCGAAGAAUCUGCUAGUAUUAAAAAUGUUAAAGAGCCAAAAGAGAAACAAGAUAACAAAGAAAAUCUAGAGUCAAGAGAUGAUCUAGACAAGCUUGCUGUAGAAGACUACGAGGAGAUCAUAGAAUCCUUGGACAUUAAGGUCUUAAAGUAUCUAGCUGCAAAACAGCUUAGACAGCAGCUCAACGAUAGUAAAGAAGAUUCCUCCAAGAUCUCAGUCGACGAUUCCUCCAAGAUCUCAGUCGACGAUUCCUCCAAGAUCUCAGUCUACGAUUCCUCCAAGAUGUCAGUCGACGAUUCCUCAAAGAUCUCUGAGAAGAAAGGAGAUAAUUCCUCAAAGAUCUCCAACGAUGAUUCAUCAAAGAUCUCCGUAAUCACAAAUGGUACCGCUGAGAUGGAAAUUGAAGAAGGGCCAAAGACAAAUGAAAAGCCUGUUGAGUCGACAUCAAACAUCCCUGGCCAUAACAAAGCUGCUGAGGUGAACCUGUCCCAGGAGACUCUUAGGCCACGACUCCCGCUAGACAUUCUCCUGACGGAUCGUCCAAGGAAUAUCAACUUAGAAGCACGUAUUAGAUCCAGAACGCAGGGUGUGCUUCUUACUCUCCCUCACCUCAACUUUAAAGUAGAGGUGCCUUCAAAUGGAAAUCAUGUGGUGAUAGGAAAAGAUUAUCGUCUCGCUAACCCCCUCUUUCUGUCUCUUGCUGGAUCGAGUUGUACACGUAUAUCUAAUGCGCAUGCUUCAGUAUUUUUCUGUAAGAACACAAGGAAAUACUGGCUUAAAAACUACAGCCAUUUUGGCACUGUGGUCGAUCACAUCAUGUGUGGCUUAAACAUGAAACCAAACAGAAAGUCGGAAGAACCUAGCGAAUUGAGGAAGGAAGUUGAGGCCAUCAAGAGUAUUAGAAAUAAACGGAAGGCUUUAGCGACGCAGAUAAAGCCGGUGAACAUCCACGUACCAGAAGAUGUUGCUGUACCCUCAACAUCUACUGCCAACCCUACGACAGUUCCUCGACAGUGUAAAUGCUUCAUAUACCAGCCACAGGCAGGUUACGAAGGUAUGAUCGCCUUGACACAUGGAUGCUGCAUAAAAAUAGGAUGCGUGGAACUCACAUUUAUGUACCUGAACCAAGUAGACCAAGUUCCUUCAAAUGGUGGGCCGCCCGCUAAAAAGAGAAAGCUUGAAUAAAGUCUUCAUAUUGUUUAGAAAAGACUAGCACACAAUUGUGCCUUACAAAGUUCAUUUUGCCUAUUUGGAGGACAGUUUUUUACCUUAGAACUUUGAUGUGUUGUAAUUUUUAUUGCCUCUAUGAGGAGUAUUUGUAAACAUUGUUUUAUUAGUGGAGGAUUGUGUAUAGAUGAUUUCCAAGAGACAAUUUUUUACCUCAACUGUAUUUUAUUAGAUAUCUCAAAACACUGUACGUGUACACUUUCUGUAUGUUUACAGAACUCGUGUUUUUUAAAUCCUCCAUUAGUUUUAUGUGUUAAGUUUUUACCUGCUAACCCAUUUGCGUCUUAUGUACAUAAACACUAAACAGUUGUUUUUAAUGGAAGAUAUUUUGACUUGAGUCAGUCUAAACUUUAUUUUAAUUUUGUUGUUCAAAGUAUAAAUGAAUUAAAUCUUCAUUCCAGCAAGGCAAAUGACAAAAUUGCACAAAACAAAACACACUUAUUCAAAAGUAUACCUCUGCAAAAGUAUUAGACGUUGUAAAACUGUUUUAAAUAAACGGAUAAGAGAUAAAAUACUCACCACGCUGAUGGUUAAAGUAAAGAAAAGAUUUUUAAUUGGACCCAAAUCUAACACUUUCAUAACAAAAUACAAAGAUUAAUGUCAAGAACAACAGUUCCCCAAAAUCGAGGGAUUUGAAUUGGUUGUAUAAGUUAGUGCCAACUUAACUACUGUAUUAAAAAAAAUAAUUUCACUCCGGAACAAUAAUGUUCAAUUAUUUAUUUAGAUGUUUCAAAUUUCACAGAAGUAAAUGGGUUAGCACAGUUUCAUGU